AGCCGCUGCCGCCGCCGCCGUCCCUAUACCCUCCUCGGGAGCUGAAGCGUCCGACCCCGCUACCGUCGCGGGCCCUGUUCGACGUCUUAGUUGCCUUUUGCCUAGGCUCCUUCAUCAGAGGAUGGACCAAUGAAAAGAAACUUAAAAGACAAUUUUGAAAAUUUUCAUCAAGUUUGAAUAUCUAAGUGCAGCGAUGAGCAGCAACGAGUGUUUCAAAUGUGGACGCUCUGGCCAUUGGGCCCGAGAAUGCCCUACUGGAGGAGGCCGUGGCCGAGGCAUGCGGAGCCGUGGAAGAGGUGGUUUUACCUCAGCGAGAGGUUUCCAGUUUGUUUCUUCAUCUCUUCCAGACAUCUGUUACCGUUGUGGUGAGUCUGGUCAUCUUGCCAAGGAUUGUGAUCUUCAGGAGGAUGAAGCCUGCUAUAACUGCGGUAGAGGUGGCCACAUUGCCAAGGACUGCAAGGAACCGAAGCGGGAGAGAGAGCAGUGCUGCUACAACUGUGGCAAACCCGGCCACUUGGCUCGCGACUGUGACCACGCAGAUGAGCAGAAGUGCUAUUCGUGUGGAGAGUUUGGGCACAUUCAGAAAGAUUGCACCAAAGUGAAAUGCUAUAGGUGUGGUGAAACUGGUCAUGUAGCCAUCAACUGCAGCAAGACAAGUGAAGUCAACUGUUAUCGCUGUGGCGAGUCAGGGCAUCUUGCACGGGAAUGCACAAUUGAGGCUACAGCUUAAUUAUUUUCCUUUGUCGCCCCUCCUUUUUCUGAUUGAUGGUUGUAUUAUUUUCUCUGAAUCCUCUUCACUGGCCAAAGGUUGGCAGAUAGAGGCUACUCCCAGGCCAGUGAGCUUUACUUGCCGUGUAAAAGGAGGAAAGGGGUGGAAAAAUCGACUUUCUGCAUUUAACUACAAAAAAAUGUUUAUGUUUAGUUUGGUAGAGGUGUUAUGUAUAAUGCUUUGUUAAAGAACCCCCUUUCCGCGCCACUGGUGAAUAGGGAUUAACGAAUGGGAAGAGUUGAGUCAGACUAGGAAACCCUUUCUGGGUUUCUUGAUUGCGAUCCCAUGCAGGAGGUAAAACAGAUUGUGGAAGUGUCUUUGAACUUCCAUAAGUAACUUUAAUUGUAGUAUAAUGAUGGCCUUGGAUUGUCUGACCUCAGUAGCUGUUAAAUAACAUCGAGUAACAUCUGUAUCAGGCCCUACAUAGAGCAUCUAGUCGAGUGGGAGUAAAAAGAUGUAUAUGCCUGUUAAUGGCCAUGAGAGAGAGAGAAAUCAGGAUAAAAACCUAAACAGUAACAACUCCGUCGCAAUGUGAAUGCUGGAGAUACAGAUGGUGAAGGCAAGGUUUGGAAUAAAUUUUUCAAAAACUAAAUCUAAAACCCAGAGUAAACAUCAAUGCUCAGAGCAAGCAUAAUUUGGAGCUAUUCAGGAGUUGCAGAGAAAUGCAUUUUCACAGAAAUCAAGAUGUUAUUUUUGUAUACUAUAUCACUUAGACAACUGUUGAGUUUCAUUUGCUGUAAUCAGUUUUUAAAAGUCAGAUGGUAAAAGCAACUGAAGUCCUAGAACAUAGAAAUGUAAUUUUAAACUAUCAAUAAAGCUGGAGGAGGAAGGGGAGUUUGACUAAAGUUCCUUUUGUUUAUUUCAAAUUUUCAUUAAUGUACAUAGUGCAAAAUGCCAUAUUAAAGAGGGGACUGUGGAGGAUUGAAAAGCUGACAGUUUGGACUUUUCUUUUUGUACUAACUCAAUCAUGUCUUCAGUGGUUAAAGUUAGCAAUUAAAACAUGGAAAGGCAUGGGGUUAAGAUUUGUCAGAUUAUUUUGCAAAAGAAUAGAGAAUGUUUAAAGCUUUGGUUUUUAUCAUCCAUUUACAUAUUCAUAAUAGCAGUUUCUUAGGUUUUACAAAUAUUUCUUAGUGAUCUCAACACAGUUGCUUCUAUUUAGCCAUAUACAUUCAUUGGUCUUUAUGUAGAUCUGAAAUACUGUACCUCCACAAUAUAAGAGCUGGAAAGAACCUUUAAAAAGUUUCCCUCAGUGAUUUUCCCCAAGGUCAGCCCAGUGAGGGUAGGGGCAGAGCUGCAGUCAAGUCCAGGUCUCCUGGUACUGCCAUGAACUCAACUAUCAUACUGCAGCUCCACUAUGGAUAUAGUUAGAGGUUCAUGCAAAUGUUUAAAUAAGUGCCUAUUAUAAACAAGGCACUGGGCUUAGCCUCUUGGAUACAAAAAUAAAAGGGAAAGCAUUCCCUACCCCCAAGAAAGUUAAUCUGCUUUUGCCUUCUGAUUGGGGGUUUAAAUAUGCUCCCCCUAUCAGUUAUUCACUUCACGCAAAUUUUGAAGGGUUGAGGUCUUGGUGCCUGCUUCAUCUUAGGGGAGGGGGUCCAUAGUAGUGUGGAUAUUCCAACUUUGUGUUGAGUUGAGAGUUUCAGAGACUAUUAGGCCACCAUGACUUGGCCAAAAGGAAAGGAAAACAUGGUUAUAAAUACUACAUUUCCCAGGGUGUUGAAUGGAUGCUAAAGUAAUAUUUAAAUGAAAAGCAGUAAUUAUUUUAGUAAGAACUACUGCAGGUUAGUCAACUUAGGGGUAUUAACACUAAUGAAAAACAACAAUGACAAAUCUUUUACACUUGUAGGAAGCAAUGUGAAAGUUUAGUGGACACCUCAAGACAGUUCUGCUAUUUAGUAAAUCAAAAAAAGAUUAUUUUUCCAAUCUUAUAGAAUCACUGGAUACUGCUUGCCAACAAAACACAAACACUAUGUAAAAUGCAAGGUGACAAAAUUGUGGCCUACUUGGGCCAAUGUUAACUUUUACUCUCGAAAUAUAUUAGCCUAAGCCUUUUUCAGGAUAAGCCUUAGUUGUUUUUUCAGUGUAAAACAGCUUGAUGAAUCAACUUUAGCCCAGCUUUGUGGCCGGUGAAGAGUCUUGAGGCUAUGUUGCUUACAUAUAGGAUAGAAAGGCAUAUAUGCCAAGAUUGGGAGCAGGAGGCUUUGUGAGCUGGACGUUGGGAAGGCAAAAGGGAAUUUUGGUCUUAGAGCUGUUGCAUUCACUCAUCCAUCUUUACAUUGGUGGUGCCUGGGAACUUUGUGUAUGGAGAACUUCACAAGAACCUGUUCUUACCAGAACACAAAGUGUUCCCUUCUAUUCUACAUUCCAUUUUUGCUUUAAGUUUACCUUGCUUUCAUGUAGCCUGAACACAUUAAACAUGGAAAUGUUCCUUUUGGAAAGAAUCUAAUUGAGGGUGCUGAUGCACUAUUUGUGUACGGAUUGGUGUGUGUGUGUAAACGCUUUCCUGUGAAACAGUAUUAAUAUACUAUGCCUGAGUAAUUGGGUGUGUGAACAUCAGUGUGGAAUGAUGCCAUGGAACGGAUGAAGGCACUGUCCAGCCUGUAUAGGAACUACUGUUAGAUCUAAAAUUUUUGUUGAUGUAUGUAUGAAUGGUGUUUUAUAAAUGUGUGGUCUGUGUUGGGGAGAGUGACUUUUCCCUUUGGAUCAGCAGGGUUAUCUAACUGGAAAUUGAUUCCUCCCGCCAGAGGAGAGACAUAAACACAAGAAAGCCAAUACUUUACGUUUAACCUUUAAGACGUGUUCUAAGGAGUUUUCAGAAGCACUUUAGUGUACCUUUUUUGUCCUUCCUUAGCUUAAUACAGUUAUUAGGGGAACUAUUAAAUGCUGUUUUCUCUUCCCUCCUCUCUUCAUGCCAUUUAUCUUUUCUUCUCUUUGUGGAUUAUUAAAAAUAAAGUCAGACCUGAGUCAAUGGGUUGUUUAGGGAACCAGAGCCAGGAGUAUAAAAUCCCAAAUAACCAGUGUUUUCUAUUACACUAUUUUCUUCCUUGGCCUUUUUGAUUGAAUAAUGUUUCUCUUCAUAUUAAUGAUUUUUAGUCAUUCUUACUCUUAACACUACACUGUCAUGUCAUGGUAACGUUUAUUUACUUGUUUAAUUGGAGAGAAGUGAUUACUCAUUGUAGUGCCUGAAGAGAAACUUUGGAUGACAGAUAUUCACAGCUAAGUCAAACUUCAUUGAAGUGUAAUCUUGUCACAUCAAUGCCUUAAUGCAAGUGACCCACGUGUUCCUAGAUGUCACUUUGCAUGGGCUUGCUAGAAGUGUGGAGCACUGUUCUUCCACUAACUUAGCAAGUUUGUAUUCUAUUUUGAGGAAAGAUUAAACCUUAAGUUGUACUUAUUAAAUAGUACUAUUGAAUAAAAUUGUUGCUGAACAUUACUGAAGAAUUUGAGGGGAAAAGAGUUUAAUAGAAACAUUCGAUGUAGUAAGUCAUUUCCCUCGUUUGUAUGCAGUUCUUGGGGGGAAAGCCAGUCUACUCUUGCCCAAUAUCAUCAAGGAGGUGGAAGGAAGAAGUAGUUAGUAGUGUCUGUUAGUGGUUAGGGUAAUUAGCUGACAUCAUGAUGCAAUUCUGUGUUUUCUGGCACUUAGGAAUUAUUUUCCUGGUAGUAGUAACUUGGCUUGUGUUGGGCCACCUAUUGAAGUGGAGGCAUGCACACAAGAGAAGUGCCUGGGGGUUAAAGAUGCUGAUUAUCAAACAGUUGCUCUUUGAAGUUAAGGGGAUCUGGAAAGGUCAACCUCUGACCAUACUCUUUACCAAUUGAGUAUUACUUUCAACCCAGGUAUGCCCAGCAAGGAAACUACCUUAUGUUAACAUUUUGCUAUGAAGUGCCAUUCAUCUUCCAUGAUGCCAGCAUUUUUUUCUUAAAUAAAAUUUUAAUAAUAAAAUGACCUGUUAAUUUAAUCAGUCUGUGUAUUCUUGUUUUGAGUUUUUUUUUUUAAUUGAAAAGAUUCCCCCUUUCUCUUCCUCUGUAUUAGGUGGUAGGUCAAGAACUUCACUCCUGCCCCAAAGAAUUAAUGUGACCUUCAGCAACGAAAGGCUUCGGUGAUGGAAUUAACUUACUGACUGACGAAUUGGUUACAUCUAAGGCAAAUAAUGCACCAAGGACUCAUGAUAGGUUUGUGCUUUCAGGAAUCCAACUCAGCAUUAGAAAAUGACCUGUUCUCUGGAUCAGCAGAGUACUUCAAUUUGACACCUUUCAAAGCAUAUCCACUUAAAGUUUUAAAAAUAUAGGGGUUUGGAUCAGAUAAUUUUUUGGAAAUGAUACUUGGCUUGGGGGAUCUCUGAUUACAGGUGUGCUGGCAAUUUUAAUUAAAAUACAAAUAUGUCAUGAAAGGCAUUAACGUUUUGAAACUUAAUGGAGUGCCAGAAUAGUUCAUAUUUAUAUCUCCCUCUUCUCCCUGUUUUGGGGAGAGGUAUAGAAUAUAUCUUCUUCUCUGGCUGCCUUUUCCUUUUGACUCCCCAGUUGCUUUGUAACUAUUCCUUAAGCCAUCUAUUCCUACUCUUUACUGGCCUGGUUCUGUCUGGUAGAGUUCUCUGCUUAGCUGAGUAUUUUGCAAAUUUUUGCCCAUCCCUGGCAUUGCCUAGCCUACCCUAAGCAGUUUUUCACAUUACUUGCAGAAUGUGGCUACUCUGAACAUUGUCAUUCCACGAUGAGACAAAAAAACUGAUACACUUUGUUUUGAGAAAAUUAAGUUAUCCAAAGACUCUGAGAAGUCCCAAGACAUGGUUAAUGAGUUUUAAAGAUGUGAUGGUAAAUAUAAGGCAAAUGUUAGCUUUCUAAUUAUAAAAUGCUCCUGUGCUACGGAUAGAAAUAAAAUUUAAACUUAGCAUUGAGAAUUUUUUCUUAACUCAGAAUGCCCUGUGCGUAUUAGGAGUAUUCUGAGUUGCCCUUAAAAAUAGACCAGAGCUGAAAGAAGUCAGUUAAGUUUCAUAUGAACAUUUCCUAUCCCAAGAAGAUGUUUUAAAAUGGGUGUUUUUGUUUUUUGGAUCCAUGUACAUAGACAUGAUGAAAAAUCCUGUUUAUCUCAGGCUUGUGCUAUAUCCAAAGAAAUGGCCCCUUAAUAACUUUAUUUAAAAAUGUAACUGAAAAAUGCAACACCCCUGUGACUAUUUAGAAAAUUACUUUAAUUUUAAAAUUAUUCAAAUGCUAUAAUGAGACUCAUGUAAAAGCUUUGUGGUAACCGGGAUUGAAUAGGAACUUAAUGGCACGUUAACGGUUGUAUUUCUUUAAUUGAAAUUUGGCUACAGGGAAGAUAAGAGUAAAAGGUUAUGUCCACUUCUUAGUCUGGGUGGAUUAGGCCAUUCCUAUUUUGUUGCUACAGGACGUUUCUUGGAAAGUUUUGUUGUAAGAUCGUGGAACCAGUUCUAUUGGCAGCAAAUAGACAUAACAGUAUAUCCUCAAAAUAAAGCUAAAGUCAUGGUCAUCUGCUCUAGAGAUGUAACUUCUAGGCCCUGAAAAAGAUUUAGAAAACAAUUUAAGAUUUUGUAACAACAUAAAGAUACUAAUAUGCUCCAGUGCCUAAAGAGUGUAAACAAGCACGGACUACAUUGAUUAUCCAGAGGACCUAAAUAGAGAUUCAGUGUGCAUCAGUGCUUCGUUUGCUGUUGCCAACGUAAGAUUAACAUUUAGUUUUCCUUGCUAUGGAAAUUGGAAGAUCCUUUUGAAAGGUACUUGCAUGGCCCUGGAAGUUUUAGCUGAUGCAUUUCACUAAGUGGAUGGCCUUUUUAUGGAAACAGUGAAAAUCACUCCAUUGACUAAAUAGUUUACUUCAAAUUGCUUAUUAAAUAUUUUUGAUAGUAUUUCUUCCACGAAUUUUCAGAAUUAAGGGCUGAUUCAGUAUUUCUUUGGUUCUGUUAGCCAAAACCAAAGUCAGUACCAGUGAAUGCUCUUACAUGUUCUUGUGCUAUUCUGCUACACCUAACUCUGUAACAGCUUUCUGGGGAAGUCUGCAGAAAAGAGUUUUGGUGUAGACAGUUUUGUAUUCUAUACAGAUAAUGUGCUUUGUCCUGUUAAUUCUCUCGAAUAGAAACCAAAAGUUCUGUCCCUUCCUGCCCCAAAUUAAUCCAUCCUAAAACUACUCCAAUCCUAUUAUUUCUCUGAUAGGGAAAUAGUCCCAGAAUGGUUAAUUGAUCUGUUUGUUUUAGGUCUUUGGGGUGUUAGAGCCCUGUGGACUAGAAAAGAUUGGCAUUCUGUCAGUUUUUUGCAUUCUGUUCUUAUAUGGUAUUUACAAAUGAGAAGACUAGGUAAUUAAGCCUGAAAUUUGUUAAAACCUAGUAGGAAAGUUAAUAGAUUUUGAGAAAAUUACUUUUACUUCAGUUCUAUAAACAACAGGUGAUAACCAAACAUUUCCUUCAGUUGUGACCUGUUCGUUACAAAGGAAUUUUAAAAAGAAUUGUUACACAUCUUGGACCAUGGACUGUCUGGGACAAAGAGCUAACAUUUAUCUCAUAUAAGAACUUCACUCUUUAUAGUCCAUGUGUUGUGACUUUCGACCUGAAGGAGAUAGUGCUGUAGAAAUGAAGGUUUAUGUGUUUGCAGGGCCCUAUUUUCUUAAGUAUGCCAAAAGUGUCAGUCAGUGUAUGUUUUUGCUUUUUUUCCCCCCCAAACACAUAUAAAUAACAACUAGGUAUUAAUUAUUGGACAUGGGUCCCCAAGGGAGACAAUACUGGUAUAUUACAUUAGAUGGGAGUGAGUUAGCCUCAAUAUUUAGCAACUUAACUGACAUACAUUACAAAUAAAUUUUUUGGUUAGAAAAGUUUCCCAAUCAAAAGGACUCUUCCCCCCUCCAAAAAAAAAAAAAGUGAACCUCCAUGAUGAUACUUUUAGUAGUAUCCAUUGGUUGAGAAAAUACUUCUGACACUACAGUGCCUCAGUGGAACUAUAAUAUCUUUGAUUGGGGUGUGCAAUCUAUUGAUGCUUUCUCAUCCUGUGCACCAUUAGUCCAUGCCUUCCUUUCAGUCCUCCGCAGGAGGUCCACCAUGUUCUGGAGACUAAAUUUAGACAGAUGGGUCUCAUUGCUACAUGGCUGUUGAUUGCUGUUAUGACUGACUCGUCCCUUUUCUGGUCAUACAUCUCUUGAUGCUUGGUUUGUGUGUAUGGUGUGUCCUUGGUCACAUUACGCAGCCUGUUCAGGAAAGGCCACCAAGCGUUUCUCUAGUGCCCUUUGGGUGACCAGUAAUUGAUUCCUCAGGGAUUGUGGUAUUCCAUUAUUUACAUGCAAUAGCAUCACCAGAAGAAAGAACAUUCGUGUUUGUUUGUUUUGCUUUUUAAGGGAGAUUUUGUAUAAAGGAGAUAAGGUUGUGAAAGUACUGUCCAUUUUCCAAAAGGCAAACAAGUGCCUUCUUUGUUCUUUUCAGUUCUGAGCCCAGCUCAUUGUCCAUCUGUAGUUCUAUCAAUGGAGCAGCUGUGUGGGUUAUCCAUCUGACUGCAUGUCAUAGAUGGAAUAUGUCAUCUACGUGGUUUGUCCUGUAUGGAUAGUUAGGCCAAAUGUGAGGGUGAUUCUACAUCUCAUUUAACAAAGUGCAAAUGUUAUCUCUCUGCAGAUAGGAUGCAUCCUUGGUGAGGGAUUGGCAGGCUUGGUGAAUAUACAUUUUUCGGUUUUAUGCCUGACUUGUUGAUAAGUUACUUCUGGCAAGGAAUCUUGUAUGGUCUUACCACAUACACGCAGGGCACGUAGGUAGAGGUUAUAAGAUGGCUGUUCUACCAAAUAAAAUGCCACCUCAGUGAAUUGUAUGACUGAAGAUGUUGUCUCUGCUAGAGCAUGACUUAAUGAAAGCCUGCCUGUUGUGAUGGUCUCAUCAAGAGUGAUGUGUGCAUGUAUUAUCUCAAAAGAUUUGGAGAGACAAGAAAGACCUACAGAUUGGUUAUUGACAUUUUCACAAUCUCUUUUUAGUCGUCAUCCAUGUUUGUUGUUUAUUUUUUUGAUUAAUCAUUCAGUGUUUUUCCCUCCUUGAGUUGUCUUGAAUGUCAGUAUCCUUGUACCCUGAUCAUUGUACAAGUUGCCUUUAGCACAGAUGUCGUCUGUGUAUAUUGGCUUUUGUUAGGUUAUUUUUAUAUCUAUCAACCUUCCAAAUGUCAUUCCUUAACUGUUGAUGGAACUGUCUGGCUUAAGUGGUUCUCACCAGACUUUCUUUAAACCAGUUUUUCACUAUUGCCUCUCAUUGGUGUCUGUGGUGAUACUCUUCAUCAUCCUCCAGCACAAGAUUUUAUGGAUGGGUUUGUACUUAUAAACUGGCUUGGCCCUUGGCUGCCAUAUUUCAUUUGGCAAAGAGGGUCAAGUAUUUGCUGGCUGAGGCAGUUUUAAGCUCAGCAACUUUUUAAGUUGCUUAUUCCACUUCUAUAGAAGAUGGUGCUGGUCUGUGUUGACAUAUAUUCCCUUAUUUACCCCUUUUCCAGCAUCAAUAGAUUAUUUAAGUAGAUUGGAUUAGAGUUUUUUUAUUUGUAUAAGUAUUUUCUCAUUUUUUUUAUUUGCUGCCUUUUGAUAAUUUUUGACAGUCUUUCCUAUGCUCACUUUUGCAUUGAAAUCAAAUAGCUAUACAUUUGUUUAAUUUGGAGUGUCUUAAAUUCAUAUAAUUUCCUACCAUAUCCUUUUAAACUAAUGUUGUAUAAGUUGCUUUUUCCUUGUUCAUCAUGAGCUUUAUACAGUGAGAUGACCAAGUAAUCCCAGUAAACUGUUUCUUGUUUUCAGAUGAAUUAUGAAACUAUCUCUGCAAGUUUUUUUUUAAUCUUAUAGUUUUAGUUCCUAGUUUUAUUUAUAGCAAGACUUGCAAUAUUGAUGUGAUUUUUUUCAUUUUUUCCACAUGACAUGCUGAUUAGGUAAUUGGACCAGUGUACUAUUUUUACGAAUAUCAGCAGUUAAAUUGAUGUCUGUAGAUGGUCUUUGUGAUUCCUAACACUCUUUGUUCCUUUUCCCACCACUCUGUUAAUGCCACUGAAGGAGCAAAGAAGGGCUGAAGCAUUGAGGGUCUCUUUGUAUUUUUACAUGGUGGAACCUACUAGAGCUCACUUGCCACUGCCUUUGAGAACUGUGUUUGCCUUAGGCUGUUGUGAAGCAUCAUAGUAGGACAUUAGUGGGAAAAUACAUGAUCGUUAAAGGUUUCUAUGAAUCCAAUAACACUUUCAGAAUUAAUUUGCAUUUUAUUAAUCGACAAUAACAUCUGUAAGUUUGAUAAAUAAUUAGUAACUGAUUGUAAAAGAUCCGUAUGUUCAUUAUACAGAAGAUGUGUUUGCUGCUUAUACUGGUCACCCACAUAUUUUAUUGGAAAUAAAGAUGAAAGUGACAAUGA